UUGUGCAGCACAACUUUCACGACCGCACCCCCACCUCUCCACCCUCCUCAUGACAGCCUAGGAGAACGAGAAAACAAACAGGAAAGCUGAAGGGGAAAAACAACGGACUCGCGCUGACUGAAACUGUUUAAAGGAAUUUACUGCGGCGCGUCGUGCGUAAAAAGGCGCACCGGCCGCUUCGUUGAGCGCUCGAACUCGGUGGCAACGUUUUGAGGGUUUUCUCUUUUUUUUCCCCAACAAGUUUUGGAUUUUCGUCUCCGAAGGACUGAAUAAAUAAUGUUAAAAAUGACAGAGGAGCAUGACAAGUGUGUCAGCGACCAGCCGUGCAGUCCGUCGGGCUCUAACAGCUCCAUGUCCCAGGACGAAUCUGACUCCGACGCACCGUCCUCGCCGACGGGCUCCGACGGUCACGGGUCCCUGCUCGCAGGUUUGGGCAAGAAACUGGACUGUGAGGAUGACGACCGGUUCCCAGCCUGCAUACGGGACGCGGUCUCUCAGGUGCUCAAGGGAUACGACUGGUCCUUGGUGCCCAUGCCCGUGAGAGGGAACGGGUCCCUGAAGAGCAAACCUCACGUUAAGAGACCCAUGAAUGCGUUCAUGGUCUGGGCGCAAGCGGCCCGCAGAAAGCUGGCGGAUCAGUAUCCACACCUGCACAACGCCGAGCUGAGCAAGACACUGGGGAAACUUUGGCGCUUGCUCUCAGAGAGUGAAAAGAGGCCAUUUGUAGAUGAAGCAGAAAGACUCCGGGUUCAGCACAAGAAGGAUCACCCAGACUACAAGUACCAACCGCGGCGGAGGAAGAAUAUGAAACCGGGACAGAGCGACUCGGACUCAGGAGCAGAACUGGCACAUCAUCACAUGUAUAAAGCUGAACCAGGGAUGGGAGGACUGGCGGGGAUGACUGACGGACACCACCACCCUGAACACGCAGGGCAGCCCCACGGUCCACCCACACCCCCCACCACUCCCAAAACAGACCUGCACCACGGGAUGAAGCAGGACCUGAAGCACGAAGGCCGCCGCCUCGUCGACAGCAGCAGGCAGAACAUCGACUUCAGCAACGUGGACAUCUCCGAGCUCAGCACUGAUGUCAUCAGCAACAUGGAGACCUUCGACGUGCACGAGUUCGACCAGUACCUCCCGCUCAACGGCCACGCCUCGGGCUCCUCCGCCCUGCCCUCCGACCACGGCCAUGGGCAGGGUCCGGUCCCCGGGAGCUCUUACGGUUCCUCGUACAGCCACGCGGGCGGCACCGGGCCAACAUGGAGCCGGAAGGGCGCCAUGUCGUCCUCCUCCCCCUCGGCCGGCGAGGUGGGCCAGCAUCGUCUCCACAUCAAGACGGAGCAGCUGAGCCCCAGCCACUACAGCGAGCACUCCCACGGGUCGCCCUCGCACUCCGACUACGGCUCCUACAGCAGCCAGGCCUGCGUCACCUCGGCCGCUUCGGCCGCCUCGGCUGCGCCCUCGUUCUCCAGCUCCCAGUGUGACUAUACUGACCUCCAGAGCUCCAACUAUUACAACCCUUACUCCGGCUACCCCUCAAGCCUCUACCAGUACCCCUACUUCCACUCAUCCAGGCGGCCCUACGGAAGCCCGAUCCUCAACAGCCUGUCCAUGGCGCCAGCUCACAGCCCCACCGCCUCCAGCUGGGACCAGCCCGUCUACACCACACUGUCUCGACCUUAAGGGGACCAGAAAACCGUUCGUCUGCGCCAGAGACUCUAGAUUCCGAUUGAUGCACUACUAAUGAAGGAAGUAAGGGGCAGGUGGAGAAGUGCGUAGGUGCUCGUAGGCUGCCUGUGACCAUUUGAACACGAAACAAACACAAGAAAAAGUGCCUGCUGAUUUUAUACAAAGCUAUAUUGUUGCGAUGAAAACACACUUGUACAGACUUUCUACAGAGAAAAUCGUGUUGUCGGUGAGCCAGACUCCUCCAUGAGGACAUAAUCGCCUACGCCUACAUCCUGUGCAUCUCCCUUCUUUCCAGUUAAAGACUGCACGUGCGUGCACACUCGAGGUAAAGCGAGGGGGGGUGGGGCGGGGGGGCCCGCCACUGAAUUGCGCAGGCUCAAACCGGUUUGGCCCAACUCUGUUUCGAAGACGAUACAUUGAAGAAUGUAACGGGGGACCAAUUAUGUGAAUUUGCGGAUGAAAUUUACAUCAGUGGCCGGGGCCAUAUGGCGGCACGCUACGUGCAUCGGCGGAUCAGUCUUAUAUAAGUGGCUCCUAUGAAUUUAGUGUCAUUUUGGCAUAAAAAAGUCUUAUAUGUAUUUAUGUUUAUGCAUAUUGUUUUUUUUUUUUUGUUGUUGUUGUUGUUCUUAAGUAGAUGAACACAUGUAAUGUGGGUUUGGUUGUUUAGAGUACUGUUUGGCUUUUAAUGAAAAUAAGAUAAAUUAAGUAAAGGACAGUAGUAGAGUGCAUUUGGUAUUAUUCCGUUGACGACCAAUAUCCAGAAACAUCUCCAUUCCAAGUUACAAGCGAAACAGACAGGACCAACAGACUCGCACAGGACAGAACAGGUGUCUGAAAUCUAUGCUUGGCAAAUUGCGAUUAGUCAUGAUCUAGGGUUAAAGGAAAUGGGGUAAAAUAACACCACACACUCUGAGUGACAUGUCAGCUGGACCUCCUGUAUAUGUCGACGGACGACACAAGAAUAUGUUUAUGUACAUGUGUGUGUGUGUGUGUGUGUGUGUAUCGGGGAGAUAACGCGGCGCACAGAUGCAUGUGUGAGCCACUUCCUUGGGAAAGAGAUACAUCUCCCAUGACACAGCACGCACCAGAUGAGACAUAAAACCACUUUUUUUACUGAAAAAUGAUCUCGGGACUUACUCAAUAAAGAGGAUUUAGGGUUUUAAAAAAGUGAAACAGAGUGCGCGUUUGCCCACAUUUGUAUCAUCAGCCAUCAAGUGCCAAUUCACUGCUGCAGUCUUGCAUAAAACGUUUUUUCGUGCCUUCUAAUGCUUAUUGUCAGUAUUUCGAUAUGAAAUGGAAUUAUUAACAAACUUCAGGAAGCACAGCAAUCGGGUAAUCCGCUCCAGAGACUCCGACAGUUAACUUUUCGCUCCUGAUUAUGUCCUUAAUUUGAUAUCAUUCCUUCCAGCCUUGACUUGUAAUGUUCUGUGACAUGCAGUUUGAGAAACGUACAGAGCGAGAGUACGCGCUCACGAGUUUUUAUUUUAUUUUUUUCCUUUUCUUUUUUUUUUUCGUCCACAGAACCGUGUUUUGUAUAUCAUUAUGGUGUAUCAUUUUGGGAAAGGCUGUGAAAAUGAUUGUUGUUCUAUUAACUAGAGUUUCACACAUGCACAGCUAACUCAUUCGCUGGCCAUUUUUAAAAAAAAAAAAAACAAAUAAAUAAAAUAAAAGAUACUUUUUUUCUCCAUA